UCAUAUUUUCUGAUAAAUUAGAUAUUGUAUUUUUACAGUAUCAAUUUAAUUUCUUUUCUUGAUAUAUUUUGUUUAUGCGAGGCAUAAACUUCAGUUUUUUCUUUCGGCUUUGAGAUUUUCAUUCCAUGUGCUUUUCAAGAUGGCGGAUGCCUCUACAUCGGGAAGAAAAGUAAUCAAUCAAGGAACAUCUGGUUCUAACAUGACUAAAGAUGUCGAUAAACAACCUGAUAAAUUGUUGUCGUCUAGUAAAUCUGUUGCGUCCGAGGGUCGUAAAAAUGAGUCUCGUGGUAAAGUGUCCACUCAGAAAAGUCAACCACCUGAGAAAAUAAAUGACGAAGUCAUUAAAAUUUUGCAAGAACUAAACACUAACGUAACAAAACAAGGUUCUAAACUUGAAAGUUUAUCAAAAAGGGUUGACGAUUUAUAUGUUGAAUAUGAUGAAUAUUGUUAUCCUGACGACAGUUGUAAUGAUGGGUUUUCUGACAGUCACAGCGUCUUGUCCAAUGUCAGCGAGUCUGGUGAAGAUUCCCAGCCACCACGCAAGAGGGUUUGUAAUGAAAGUGACAUAUUUAGGAAUUUGUGUGACAAAUUUCAGAGUGUGGAAAAAUGUGACACUGAAAUAAAUGACGAUCUUGCUACUUUUGUAAACAAUUCUUUCCGCAAUGGUAUUGCUGAUGAUUCUUUGUCAAACAUUGUUAAAGAAAUUCACAGACCCGUUAAUUGUGAGUCAUUGGUGAAAACUAAGGUGAACGGUUGCAUAUGGCGUUUGUUGAAACCCCAAUCACAGUCUGACGAUGUGAAAUUUCAAGCCAUACAAAAUGUUGUUGUGAAAGCUGCUAUAAACAUUACCAAAUUGUUGGAUAAAGAAGGGGAAAAAUUAGAUACCCAGUCAAUUGAAUGGGGCACAAAUGCCCUUGCUUUGUUGGGGCAGUCCAACAAACUCAUUAACAACAAGAGGAAGGAAUGUCAUCGUUCGGAUUUAGAUCCACGAUAUUACCCUUUGACUUCUGCAAGCCUACCGUUUACAGAAAACCUGUAUGGUGAUGAUAUUAACAAAAGUGUGAAGGAUAUCCAGGACAUUAGUAAAAUUGGUAGAGAUGUUGGAAGAAAUCCUUCAUUUAGGCCGUUUGGUAGAAGACGUAGUGGUCGGCCAGGCAUGUUUUCUCGUGGUACUGGCAGAGGUUAUUUUAGGCCAGGUCAUGGUUCUUCAGUGGUUCCACCACCAAAAAACUCCCGUGUGGGGUACAAGAACAAGUAAAUCAGUUUAGUUGGUCGAACAGUACAGAAACUGAGAGAAGACAAAGGGGAAAUGAUACUGGUGGCACCUCUUUGGAUAACACAGUAUUGGUAUCCAGCAGUAAUGCAGUUGUUAAUAGAAGUACCUUAUGUUUUGAAAGUGACUACAGACACACUUAUUCUGCCAAAUACAAAGAAAGUUCAUCCACUAGUAGGUCAUCUACACUUAAUGGUAUGUCGUUUGUCAGGGAAUUGUUCCUAAGUAGACAGAUUUCAUCAGAGUCUACCGACAUCAUCAUGGCAUCGUGGAGACAUUCCACCAAAAAACAAUAUUCAUCGUAUAUCCACAAAUGGGUGGAAUUCUGUAGUAAAAGGAAAAUUGAUAAAUUUCAAGUUACUGUAGACAAUAUUAUAAGUUUUUUGACAGAUUUAUUCCAUUCGGGUUACAAGUAUGAUAGUCUAAAUACAGCUAGAAGUGCAUUAUCUUCAUUAUGUAUUACUGAAGAUGGUUUUACAGCAGGUGCUCAUCCUUUAGUGGUUAAAUUUAUGACAGGUGUGUUUAAUUUAUGUCCACCAAAAAGUAAAUAUAAUGAAACUUGGGAUGUUUCAAAGGUACUGUGUUAUUUAAAGACAUUGUCACCAGUAGAUAGGUUGUCUUUGAAACAGCUAACUUGGAAGUUAGCUAUGUUAAUAGCUCUGACUCAAGCAAGUCGGUCUCAUUCAUUAAGUUUAAUAACUAUUGAUGGUCUAAGGCAAGAUCAGGAUUCAAUUACUGUACAAUAUUGCGGGUUAUUAAAACAGUCUAAGAAAGGCAGAGAUAAUCCAGUUCUUCAAUUGAAAAAAUAUACUCCAGAUAGGAGGUUAUGUGUGUAUAGUGUUUUUCUUGAAUACAUAAACAGGACUAAACAUAUUCGAGGAAGUGAAUCAAGACUUUUUGUCAGUUAUAUGAAACCACAUAAAGCUGUUACUUCUACAACUAUAAGUAGAUGGCUAAAAUCAGUUAUGUUUUUAUCAGGCAUUGACAUUAAAAGAUUUCAAUCUCAUAGUAUAAGAGGAGCAUCUGUAUCAAGAGCUAAAUGUUUUGGAAUUCCAAUUAAAGAAAUCAUGAAAGUAGCAGGUUGGUCAAAUGAAGCAACUUUUGCAAAAUACUACGAUAAACCUAUUAAAGAUAGUCUUUACGAAACUGCAGUGUUCACAGGAUUGACGGAAUGAAUCGUGUUGGUAUGUGAAUGUUUAUUUUUUCCGUUCAUUGUAUUUACAUGCAAAAAAUUUUUGCUUUUUGCUUUAAAGUCUCAUUUGAGACGGACAGUUGGUAUGACGUAAUAGAAUCCCCCAAAUAAACUAGACUUACCUUGAGUCGACGUUUGGUUGGGAUUCUAUGUAGUCAUACAGCAACUGGAGGGAUCAAAUGCCCGCCCAUCCCUCCCUGAAUGUGUGUGACACAUUCUUUAAUGCAUUUUGCAUUUAGUUUUUUAUUUUAUUGAAGCAAAAAUUAUUUUGCUUAAUGCUUUAAAUACUGAAUGUUCUCGGUCACGGUAUGCGCACAUCUCAUUUGAUCCCUCCAGUUGCUGUAUGACUACAUAGAAUCCCAACCAA